GCUGCUCUGAUUGGCGGCGCUAAUAGUCUGUGAGGUGCAGAUGUCUGCCCUCGGGUGGGCGCGGCCUGCCCACUCCAGGUCUUUUCUCCGCUCACCCUCCCCUGCCGACGGGCACUACGACUCUGAACCGUGGCUCAGGAAUUUGGCUCCAGAAUGAAAAUGCGGCUCUUGGGUUUGGUGUUCUGUCUGGUUCUUGGGACCCUGCAUUCCAAGACAUCUGGAGGAAAAGUGACACCUGUGGAUCCUGAAACAAAUAUGAAUGUGAGUGAAAUAAUCUCUUACUGGGGAUUUCCUAGUGAAGAACACCUAGUUGAGACAGAAGAUGGAUAUAUUCUUUGCCUCCAUCGAAUCCCUCAUGGGAGGAAGAACAAUUCUGAGAAAGGUCCCAAACCAGUUGUGUUCCUGCAGCAUGGCUUGCUGGCAGAUUCCAGUAACUGGAUCACAAACCUUCCCAGCAACAGCCUGGGCUUCAUUCUGGCAGAUGCUGGUUUUGAUGUGUGGAUGGGGAACAGCAGGGGGAACACCUGGUCUCGGAAACACAAGACGCUUUCAGUUUCUCAGGAUGAAUUCUGGGCCUUCAGUUAUGACGAAAUGGCAAAUUAUGAUUUACCGGCUUCAAUUAACUUCAUUCUGAAUAAAACUGGCCAACAACAAGUAUAUUACGUGGGUCAUUCUCAAGGUACUACAAUAGGUUUUAUAGCAUUUUCACGGAUCCCGGAGCUGGCCAAAAAGAUUAAAAUGUUUUUUGCCCUGGCUCCUGUGACUUCAAUCGACUUCUCUACUGGCCCUAUAAUUAAAAUGGCACGAAUACCAGAUCUUCUCCUUAAGGACAUAUUUGGGAAUAAAGAAUUUUUUCCCCAGAAUGCAGUUUUAAAGUGGCUGGCGAUGAAUGUUUGCGAUCACGUCCUCCUGAGGGAGCUUUGUGAAAAUAUCUUUUUUCUUCUGUGUGGAUUUAAUGAGAGAAAUUUAAAUAUGUCUAGAAUAUCUGUGUAUAUAACACACUCUCCUGCAGGAACUUCUGUGCAAAACAUGAUACACUGGAAGCAGAAUUCUCAGUUUGGAAAGUUUCAAGCCUUUGACUGGGGAAGCAGUGCCAAGAAUUAUUUUCAUUACAACCAGACUCACCCUCCCACUUACAAUGUGAAAGACAUGCUUGUGCCAACUACCAUCUGGAAUGGGGGUCAUGACUGGCUUGCUGAUGUCAAGGACAUCAGUAUCUUACUGACCCAGAUUACCAACUUGGUGUACCACAAGUAUUUUCCAGAAUGGGAGCAUCUAGACUUUAUCUGGGGCUUGGAUGCCCCUUGGCGGCUCUAUGAUGAAAUGGUGAAUCUCAUGAAGAAAUAUCAGUGAAAACCAGACUGGAGAAAUUUACCAUCAAGUCGGGGAUCGAAUCAUGUUAAAAUUUGUUGGCUUAAUUUCUCUAAAAUGCUUGUUUUUCUUUCCCAGGCCUUCUGUAUUUUUAUAUCCAAAAAAAUUAUGGCAUUGAAGAUGACCGAAUCUCUCCAGUUAGGAUUAGAAAUGUACUCGCUUUUUUUUCUUUGUUUAAUCAUGGCCAGAUAUGGAGCUAGUGUCUCAGUCAUAGUGCAGUUUCUUUAAGUCUUUUAAAAAUAUCACUGACUGUGGAAGGUCAUUAACCAUUCUGUUUAACCAUACAAUUUUAAAAUAUACUAUAUUGCUUUUUUACCCCCACACAGGACACACUGACAUAUGUGUUGGAAUUUUUAAUCCUUGUUGGUCAUUAGUUUAUAAUUUGACACUGACUGGAGAAAUGCUCAGUGUAAAAGUAUCCAGUUCUCAUCUCUUUGCCUUAAAAGGCUCUCCAGUGGAAUGGCCAUGUAUUUAGGGGUCAAGUUCUCAUGUAGUAGGUGCAGAGUCAAAGUCAGUGACAUCCCAGCUGUGUCACUUAUGAAGAUUCUAUAAUGAAUUUGAUCAAAUCUGUCUGUGAUAGCUGUUAUUUAGCAAAUGUUUUAAAUCGCUCAGAUGAAGCCAAAUGAUUUGCUGGAGUCUUUAAAACCAAAUUCCACUCACUGAAAAACAACGACUGUAUUUUAAAUGGCUUGAAGACUAAUAUAUCCAGCCAUCUCUAUUCAUCAACUCUGUGGCAAGCCAUAAAUCUACUUGUUUGAGAAGAAAAGUCCUGUGGAGAGAUGAUACCACUAUUUUUCCUGAAAUUAAUGCGCUCUCUUAAUCAGCUGCUGCAGCUCAGGUGAGGAGUGUCCUAAUUCAUUUUCACACAAAAGAAAUGUGAAUGUGAAUAUUUUAAAAUUAAAGCUCAGGAAAUCACUGUUUUUUUUUUGUUGUUUGUUUUGUAUGUGUCCAUGUUUCUAAUACUCUCGAUUUGCAUCCUUGUGUAAGGAAGCCCAUAUUCACUUGCUUUUCUCACGGCAUUGUUUCCUUAUAAUACUGUCAGAUGGACAGAAUGACAUUUGAUAUGUUUUUCUGAUAUAGUUACUUUAGCUGCAAUAAUAAACAAUAUUUUGUCUUGGCUAAUACUCAACGACAGCAUAAUACUUCUUUGUAACUUUUAAAAAGUUUCAUUUCAACUUUUCAAUAAAACUCAGUGAGCCUCAUAGGCUUGAAGCAUUG